UCUAGAGUGAUGGUGCAGUGUUUAUGACGCUAGAUUUACAAGAAGAGAUUGAAGAAGAAGUUCCUUAAUGAUGAUGAUGACGACGAUGAUGAUAUAUAUAUACAUAUAUAUAUAAGGGUUCACACAGAGCAGAGAGAUCUGGUAAAUUAGGUAAUUAAGAAUUUUUAGGGUUGAACCAUGGGGAGCAGUUCGACUACGAGGGAGGACAAAGGUCUGUUCAGAGUGGCCAUGGAAGGAGAUUGGGAAGAAGUUGUGAAAAUUUACGAGAAAUAUCCAGAUGCUCGCAGGGCCAAGAUCACAAGAUCAGGAGCCACAGCGUUGCAUGUAGCAGUUACCGAAGGGAAAGUCGAGAUUGUUGAAAAACUGAUAAAAGUCAUAAUUUCUCAAGACGACAAGGAAGUACUCAGAGCUCAAAACGAGGGAGGAUAUACUGUUCUCCAUCUGGCAGCGUCAGUGGGGAAUGCGGAAAUGUGCAAAAUUAUCACUGAUGCCGAUUCUUCGAUGAUCGCAAUUCGUACCAAGAGCAAAGAGACGCCACUCUUCAGUGCCGCUCUACAUGGAAAGAAUGAGGUCUUCUGCUUUCUAGACUCUAUCAGUACCUGCUCUGAAUCUCAUCGUCAACACCGACUUUCUUAUGGUAGGAGAGAGGACGGCAACACUGUGCUGCAUUCAGCAAUCGACGGGGAGUACUUUGAUUUGGCGUAUCGCAUAAUUGACUUGUACGAAGACUUUGUUAAUUAUGUCAAUGACGAAGGAUUUACGCCUCUCCAUCUUUUGGCCACCAAGUCUUCUGCAUUCAAAAGUGGUAUCAACUUUGGACGAUUUAAGACAUUCAUUUAUGAAUGUAUAUAUGUGGAAGAAACACCACCACAUCUCGGAUCAACGGAUAAAAAGAAUUUCGUUCAAAACGUGCAAACCAAUAGAAAUGAACAAGACAGAACAACAAGUACUGAUCUAGAGAACCCCACACUACCGAGCAAAAGACUUACUCAUGGCGAUGAUCAUAUAUUUCCGGCUAACUAUGUCAUUUGCGUAGAGUAUCUCAAGCUUGUAUGCAAGAUAAUGCUAUUAUUAGUAUGUGGACAGGCAUGGAUGAUGUCGUUCCUAAACGAGAUAAGAGAUCUGAAAAAGAAGCACAUAUGGUCUGCUAAAAUAAUGGAUAAACUAUUGUAUCAUACUUCAAUAUACGACAAACUAGAAGGUGGAACAGACAGGGGGAAUCUAGAAUAUGACUCGGGUGAGAUUAAACCAGGCAGGAAUAGUCCAGAACAAGAGGCAGAGGAGGAAUCGUCAGCAUCAGCCAAAAACAAAAAGAAAGAUAAAGGGUCCGAAGAGGAGAAGUGGAAGAAAGACCCUGAAAUGACAAAUGAAACAGUCCUGCUAACAGCAGCCAGAUAUGGUGUAACAGAGAUAGUAGAGAGAAUUCUAGAUAAAUUUCCAACGGCAAUCCAGGAUACGGACAUUGCAAAGAAGAAUAUACUGAUUUUGACUGUUGAAAACAGACAGCCCAGUGUAUAUAAUCUGUUGAGAAAUAAAAAAAUGCUGAGUGAGGGCAUCAUAAGAAAAGUAGAUCAUGAACACAAUAGUGUAUUACAUGUCGCAGCUAUCUACGAUAAAGAUAUGAAGCCCUGGCCCAUUCCUGGAAUUGCUCUCCAAAUGCAGUGGGAAAUCAAAUGGUUUGAGUUUGUGAAAGACUCCAUGCCAAAAGGCAUCUUUGUUCGACGAAACCUUAAGGGCAAGACACCAGAUGAAGUUUUCACUGAAACCCACCAGACCCUCAUAAAAGAAAGCAGUAAGUGGCUGAUAAAAACAUCAGAAUCUUGCUCCGUCGUCGCUGCCUUAAUCGCCGGUGUUGCUUUCGCCACUUCCGCCUCCGUCCCAGGAGGAAACAAUGAAGAAACUGGCAAACCAUACUUUGCAACAAAUCCGGCAUUUCAAAUGUUCGCUAUGACAUCGCUCAUCGCCCUAUGCUUCUCGGUCACUUCUUUGGUCAUGUUCAUGACCAUCAUUACCUCUCGCUUCCAAGAAAAUGAUUUUGCAAGAGACCUGCCGUGUAAGCUUUUAAUGGGCUUAACAUCCCUCUUCGUCGCCAUAGGCUGUAUGCUGGUUUCAUUUUGUGCAGGACAUUUCUUGGUGCUUGAAAAUAAUCUCAAAUUUGCUUCGUUUCCGGUAUAUGCUAUGACAUGUUUGCCUGUAUCUAUAUUCGCUGCAGCCCAGUUUCCACUCUAUGUUGAUCUUCUGCAGUCUACCAUAAAGAAUCCGUUUAAACAUCGGCAUCGAUACAAAUUCACUAAGACUGAGACUUAGUUUAGCAUAAAAUUAAUGGGGCUUUUUUUUCCCCCCCCUAGCUAGUUAGUACAGGAUGAGCAUAUUAAUUUUCUGAAUCAUUGCCUAUCGGCUUUUUGUUCUGUCAUGUAUGAGGGUUUUUUUUUUUUUUUUUUUUUUUUUUUUUUUUUUUUUUUUUUUUUUUUCCCCU